UGGGCUCCCGCGAGGAGGAAAGAGAGAAACCAGGAGGCAACUUUCUUCCAGACGCAUUUUUUUUGCAGCCGAAAAGGAGUUUCGGUGCGCUUUUGUUUUGAGCGGAAAACGGCGCACACGUUACCAAGGCGCUGUGUUCAUUUUCUUGUUGCCCGAAAUUCAAUUUUGAGCGCAGUGGAUGCGCGAAGCGGGCGAAGGUUUUAACGCACAGCCGGAGGAAUGUAUCCAAGUCGGGCAGCGGCGAGUCAGCGUCUCUGGAGAUGUCCAGCCUGCGCUCUCUGGAUCGCCCUGCUCCUCCAGAGUGUCCUGGACCUGAGCGCGUCUGGGUCUGAGUUUCCCCAAGACCCCAGUGUGCUAGCUACCACUUCAUGGAACACCUCUAGUGAUGGGCCCUUCUUCAUCCGUCUCGAAGCUCCCAUGAACAACAUCACCACCUCUCUCGGCCACACAGCCGAGCUUUUUUGUCGCGUCGCCGGCAACCCGCUGCCCACCGUGCGCUGGCUGAAGAACGACGCCCCGGUGGUGCAGGAGCCACGGCGGGUCUCGUACCGAUCCACGGCCUACGGGUCACGCCUCCGCAUCCGCAACCUGGACACUACCGACACAGGCUACUUCCAGUGCGUGGCCACCAACACCCAGGGCACCGUGUCCACGACGGGCGUGCUGUUUGUCAAAUUUGAUCCACUCCCCACACCUCUGCCAGGAAGAACAACGGACGAAAUUGAUGAAGAUGGCUUCUGCCAGCCGUACAGAGGUAUAGCCUGCGCCCGCUUCAUCGGCAACCGCAGCAUCUUUGUCGACUCGUUGCAGAUGCAGGGCGAGAUCGAGACCCAGAUCACAGCGGCCUUCACCAUGAUCGGGACAUCCAACCAUUUGUCCGACCGUUGCUCCCAGUUCGCCAUCCCGUCUCUCUGCCACUUUGCCUUCCCGACGUGCGACCGCAGCUCCGGCACCGACAAACCUCGCGACCUGUGUAAGGAUGAGUGUGAGAUCCUGGAGAACGACUUGUGUAAGACAGAGUACAUCAUCGCCCGCUCGAACCCCAUCAUCCUGAAGAGGCUGAAGCUGCCCAACUGUGACGACCUGGCCGCCUCUGACAGCCCCGAGGCUGCGAACUGCCUGAGGAUCGGCAUCCCCAUGGCCGAGCCCAUAAAUAAGAAUCACAAGUGUUACAACAACAGCGGGGCGGACUACAGAGGCACAGUCAGCAUGACCAAGUCGGGCCGUCAGUGUCAGCCGUGGAACUCCCAGUACCCUCACAGCCACACCUACCUGGCCGUCCGCUACCCGGAGCUGAACGGAGGACACUCGUACUGCCGCAACCCCGGGAACAAACACGAGGCCCCCUGGUGCUUCACGCUGGACGAGGGCGUCCGCAUGGAGCUCUGUGACAUACCCAUCUGUGACCAUAAAGACAAGUCUGGCGGCAGCAACAUGGAGAUCUUGUACAUCCUGGUUCCCAGCGUGGCGAUCCCGUUGGCCAUCGCCUUGCUCUUCUUCUUUAUUUGCGUGUGCCGCAACAACCAGAAGUCCUCCAGGCCUCCCGCCCCUCGCCAGCCCAAACCAGUCCGAGGACAGAACGUUGAGAUGUCCAUGCUGACAACCGCAUACAAGCCAAAGAGCAAGGCCAAGGAGCUUCCCCUGUCGGCUGUGCGUUUCAUGGAGGAGCUUGGAGAGUGCCCUUUGGGGAAGAUCUACAAGGGUCACCUGUAUCUGCCGGGCAUGGACCAGGCACAGCUCGUGGCCAUAAAGACCCUGAAGGAUAUCUCCGGUGCCCAGCAGUGGGCCGACUUCCAGCAGGAGGCCGCGGUGCUGACGGAGCUGCAGCACCCAAACGUGGUGUGCCUCCUGGGUGUGGUGACCCAGGAGCAGCCCGUCUGCAUGCUGUUUGAGUUUUUGCCCCAAGGCGACCUCCACGAGUUCCUCAUCAUGCGUUCACCUCACUCCGACGUUGGCUGCAGCAGCGAUGAGGAUGGCACUGUGAAAUCCAGCCUGGAUCAUGGAGACUUCCUGCACAUGGCCAUACAGGUGACUGCUGGGAUGGAGUACUUGGCCAGCCACUUUUACAUCCACAAAGACCUUGCAGCUCGUAACAUUCUGGUGGGCGAACAGCUCCACGUCAAGAUCUCCGACCUGGGUCUCUCCAGAGAGAUCUACUCCUCAGACUACUACUGCAUCCAGCCCAAAACUCUGCUGCCCAUCCGCUGGAUGCCCCCCGAGGCCAUCGCUUACGGCAAGUUCACCACGGACUCAGACAUCUGGUCGUUCGGAGUGGUGCUGUGGGAGAUCUUCAGCUACGGUCUGCAGCCCUACUAUGGCUUCUCCAACCAGGAGGUGAUGGAGAUGGUGAGAAAAAGGCAGCUGCUGCCCUGCCCUGAGGACUGUCCGCCGAGGUUUUAUGGUUUGAUGACUGAAUGCUGGCAGGAGGGACCAGCGCGUCGGCCGCGCUUUAAGGACAUCCACGCCCGCCUGCGAGCCUGGGAGGGGAUGUCAUCCCACGCCAGCUCCAGCACGCCCUCUGGUGGAGGAGGCAACGCCACCACCCAGACCACCUCGCUCAGCGCCAGCCCUGUCAGCAACCUCAGCAACCCGCGCUACGCCGCUGCCGCGGGGUACCUCUACCCAGCCCAGGCUAUUUCCUCCCCAGGUCAGAUGGCGCCCAUUACUGCCUGGACGCCCAUGGCUGUGCCUCAGUCCCACCAGCGCUUUAUCCCUGUCAAUGGAUACCCCAUCCCGCCGGGAUACGCAGCCUUUCCAGCCCACUUCCCUCCCCCUGUCCCACCGACAAGGGUCAUCCAGCACCACCUGCCCCCUCCCAAAAGCCGUUCACCCAGCAGCGCCAGCGGCUCCACCAGCACGGGUCACGUCAGCGGCGUGCCCUCCACCACGGGCUCCAACCAUGACGCCAACACGCCGCUGCUCUCCCACUGCAUCAUGCCGGGGAGCGGCGGAGGGCCGGCUCAGGGGUACGGACAGGUUUGCCAGAAGGGGGUGGGACAGCUGGAGCACGCGUCACAAACAUCAGCGCUGCUCGCUGGUGAUUCUGACGUACUGAUGUACAACGACACGGUCAUCACCGCGGACUUGUAGAUGGACAGAGGGAUACUCGCACUCUUUCUGCUGGGAACCUAAAUUUGAGUUGUUAGCCUCUCACCCAGGGACCCGGUCUAACAAUUCUACUCUGGUCACACGGAGGCCCACCUGAACCCGGCCUGUGUGCACAUUUGCACACAAGUGCAAGAAACACUGCCGCAGCUACACAAGUAUAUACGCAGCUGUCUGACUUUUUAAUGCCUUACUGUUUAAAGUGUACUUACUACCAUGGUCUGGAAACGUGUUAUUAUUUUAACCUCUGUGUAAAUACGGUACAUAAGUCCUGAAUGAAUGAAUGAAAUACAAAGAUAUAUAUUCAAAAGAACUUUUUAUUAAGCAAACCCAUUUUAAAGGUGAAAACGUAGUCCAUCCUGUGUCCUAAGAGGAUUGUUUUACCGUCUGACAAAAAGUUCCUGUGUCAACACCCCGUCAAUGGACUGUUUCAUGCAGGAUGUGAAGGAAACACUGACCUUCCAGUGCCUUUCAGCAGUGGUGUGACCUGCUUGUUUCUGGACAUAUAUUUGCUUGUACAGUGAAAGAAACUGCAUUUAGUGAGCGAUUACCAAGCGAACAAGAAGGGGAGCAGCAGACUUUUACUGAAAACCAGCACUGACCUGCUCAAAUACACCGGCGUACUACACGUGAUACAAGGCAUACAGGUGACGUGCUGCACCUUUUGGGUUUCACGUACUGCCCCAUGGAAGCAGCUGGACCUCAAACUAAAACAGAUCGGCUGCAGGUGAUAAGUUGUCUGCAAAUACUUGUCCGGGCACUGAGAUUUGGCAGAUCUGGCAUCAUCAUCAUUUUGACACCUGAAUGUUUUUUGUACAACCUCAACAUGACGAUCUGAUCUGCUCUCUGACCUUCACAGAGGCACGUUCUGCCCCAGCAAAACGUAGCAAAACAUUCAUUUGACUGGUGGCGCGGUGAACAUCCUGUUGCGUCUAGCGAGCUCACUGCCUUUUUGAUACGGCGGGGUUUAUAAACACGUCACUGCGGACUGGGCAACACCUCAAGACACACCCAGCGAAUGAGAGAAACCGUACCUCAAAGCCUGCUGCACGCCGUUUCCAGGAAAUACGUUCAACUCAGAAACUGUAACAAACGGUGCGCAUCAUUUUCAGAUUGAGCAUGCCCCAGGUGAUUCCUUCAUCAUUUCCUCCUCCUCCUUUUCUCCUCCCAGCAGAUAUGGCAUCUGACUACAAACGCUGGCUGCAGAGGACCCCCUACAGAUCUACAAAUGAAACCACACAGCGCUCAUAUCCCCCUAAACUGGACCGGUCUCAGGGCAAACACUUCAUUCACCACAUAAGGGCUGGGGUCAGUUUACUGUCAGUGAUGUAAGCUAAAAUUCACCCUCACAACAGGACGUUUUCAGUGUAAAUCAGAUAUGUUUUGAUUUUUAUGGGGGAGUUUUUCAGUAUUUGAUUUUUGAAGGGACUUAAAGAUUUUAUUCAUAGGGCUCAUCUUCAUGUCUUUGUCCUUUACUUUUCCUCACUUUCAGCAUCUGUAUUCUACAAAAAAAUACAGUUGAAGACAUGGAGGAAAGAAAGUGCUCAAAGCAGGGGGGGUUAAAGCACAUAAGGCUCAUAGCAGAUAAUGUCACCAUCACACAAAUUAGCCUCUGUCUUUAUUUUGUAAAGCCUCCAGCAUGUACAUGAACAAAAACUCUUAUUCACAGUAUGUUUGAUGUGCCACGCUUAAACAGGAGAAUGUUUGACCUAAACAAGGAUCAGUUUCAUGAGAGAUUUAUGCACGUCGCUUUUAUUUGGUUCUGUAUCCGCAGUAAAUGGAAGGUAUCAUGUUACCAGUGGUCGGUGGUAUAGUAUCAGUAAACACGUCCCGCCAACACGGGGCUGCUCAUUACAUGGAAAGUGCAGGUUUUUAGAAGAAAGUCUUUAAAACAGCCGCAUCGAUGUUUCAACAUGUCCACGGCCCAGUAGCAGGUAAUCGUAUACCAUUUUGGAGGAAGUUUCCUUUUUCUGAUAUGAAGAAGUUUGUGUGUUUGGUUAAUUCUGGGCCCUGUAAUCACACAAACGAUGCCCGAGCUGUCUGUUGUUAUUUGAGGCGGCUGAUUAGAAGCACAGCUUAUUUAAAAAAGUCAUAGAGCCAGCUGCAGUAACACAGCAGCUGUGUAGUAGACAAUCAUUGGUUUUGAAUAGUCCCAGACAGUAUGUAUGUGUUGCACUCUGCUGUUCUCUAUCAUCCUGUCAAUCAGCUGCAUUUUCUAACCAGCACGACACAAGCGCACGCUGAUAGCAUCUCACUGUGGACGUGCAGAGCAGGAAGCACAGAUAAGAUGGUUUGUUGCCUAUAGUGCAUUUGUUCAAUGGUAAAGUUUUCAGUUGACAUUUGUGGAAUGUAGAUAGACAAGACUAGAAAGCAGCUGCUCCAAUUUACUGCAGACUGACAUCAAAAUGCAACCGAUUCACAUUAGACUGAGCUUAUAGUUUAUCCAGACCAGAUAAGGUCAACCGAUUGUCUGCCGCUAGACAAAUGAAGGGAGAAGAUGUUCCUCACGUCACAAGAUUGUUUGAAUCAUUUCAAGUUCAUUUUCCCUUUGAGUUUUUAUUUCAUUGCCGUCUUCUGCGUCCGUACUUUUAUCUUUUUGUUCCUCUGAAGCGGCUCGAGCUACCUUGGCAUCUGAGUUUGUACACGUGACCUCCAGCAUGUAAAGGAUUUAUGUGUGUACUAAUAUAGCAGUGCAAAAAAAACCACUUGUACACAAGACUGUGAAUCUUAAUCAAGUCUAAGUAUUUUUGUAUCUGGCAAAAGAAAAAAAUCAUUAUUGUGCCUUUUUUUUUCUUUUAUUCGAGAUCCAUUUAAAAAAAACGAAAACAAAAUGCAACUAAAUUUAUAUUUCAGUAACAGUGUACCCAUUACAGAAGGUUUACAUGCUUAUCCUUUUGACCAAGAGAGGCCUUGUCUUUGUAUUUUGUCUGAACAUUUUUGCACAGAUGUUUUGUAUUGCAAAAUCAUUUAUUAAAUGAUGUUGUUUGGUUAACCGUG